AAACGGUUAACAAAGCUGGUCCAUGUGAUCCAAACCCAAAUGAAUUAUGGAACAUGUAAAUAGCACUAAUGCCAGACAACCGCAGCAUCAUCAUUUUGAUCAGCAGCUGCAGCACAAUGACAGCCAACAGCAAUUCUGCCUGCGAUGGCAUAACCAUCAGACAAGUUUGCUGAGCACUCUGCCCAUUCUGCUGGACCAAUCCCAUCUGACGGAUGUGACCAUUUCGGCCGAGGGACGCCAACUGAGGGCCCAUCGCGUGGUACUGAGUGCCUGCAGCAGCUUUUUUAUGGACAUCUUCCGGGCUCUAGAGGCCAGUAACCAUCCAGUCAUCAUCAUACCAGGGGCCAGCUUCGGCGCCAUCGUCUCACUGCUCACCUUCAUGUACUCCGGAGAGGUGAAUGUAUACGAGGAGCAGAUACCGAUGCUGCUCAACCUGGCCGAGACACUGGGCAUCAAGGGACUGGCCGAUGUCCAGAACAACAAUUUACCAAAAACAGCGAGAAGUGGAGGUGGCUCCUACAUGGAUACGACGAAUGAGAAGUCCUCUGAGUUUGAACGUCCCACCACACCCUCGCCCACGCCCACCCCCACCCUUACGCCCUCCCACACGCCUACCCCAAGCCAUUCACUCCCCCUGCCCCAGCUACCAAGUGCAGCACUUAACACCCCUCUCCUGGCCAACAAACUGGGAUCGGUGAACUCCAGUGGAAUGGGCACCACGCCCCUGGAGAAUCUCUUUAAAUCACUGCAGUUCUACCCCAGUCUGCUGCCCCAACCACUCAACUUCUCGCAGACGGCGCUCAACAAGACCACUGAGCUGUUGGCCAAGUAUCAGCAGCAAUGUCAGCUCUACCAGAGCGGGAUGCAGGAGGAUCAACUGGAGACGGACUGUUUUGGCUCCAAGAGGCUAAAGGGCGACAGUCCGCCGAAGGAGCUUAGGCGACUGGAAAAAAGCCUUUUAAAGAAUCCAAAAUCCUCAUCGACGACCAACAGUAGCAGUAGCAAGUCGCCUCAGGAAUGCUCCAACCCGAAUCCCAUUGUGGCCACUUCACCAGUAACUCUCGCUCCCCCGACCAUGGCACACUUCUCCCCUCAGUUGCCGGUGGUCAAGUGCUCCUCGGCUAGUUACCCCAGCGCUCUCGGCCAAGGUCAACUCUAUAGUAGCAAGCCACCACUUUAUAGUGCAGCAGUCACGCCGACUGCCGCCCAGCAGGCGGCGCAGAUGCACCACCACCCGCAACCCGGGCCAUCGCCCUACAUCUCGGCCGAGGAUCAUGCCAAGCUGCAGCUCCACAUCGAACAGUAUCAGCGGGAGGCGGCAGCAGCAGCGGCAGCGGCCGCCGGCGGAAUGGCGCUGGUCAGCGCCAAGUCGGAGCCCAAUCUGCUCUCGCUGAGCGCCGACCGCGACAAGUCGCUGGCCACCGCUCCCAUCAAGCCGCCGUCCAACUCGAAGCUCUAUGCCACCUGUUUCAUCUGCCACAAGCAGCUGAGCAACCAAUACAACCUGCGCGUCCACCUCGAAACCCAUCAGAAUGUUCGGUAUGCCUGCAAUGUCUGCUCCCAUGUGUCCCGCAGCAAGGAUGCCCUGCGCAAGCACGUUAGCUACCGACAUCCUGGGGCGCCAUCGCCAUGUGAAAACGAGGCUCGCCGGAAGAGGGUCUCCAAGCUAGCAGCGACCACUGUGCCCACUUCCACGCCCAUGUCCAUGAGCGCCAGUCACACGGUCACCAGUGGCGAUGUGGGUCCAGCUCCAGCGACCACACUUGGAUGUUCGGGUCAGGAGGCAAGGAAUCCGUACCUUUUCCUGCCCAAUCAAUUUCAGAUGGCUGCUGCUGCAGCAGCCGUAGCAGUGGCCGAAUCCUCGCCAGCUUCUGGUCAACCAUCGCUAGACUUGGCACACGAAGCGCCACCGAGCAUCAAAAGUGAGCGGGAGCCACCGACGGCGAGCAACGGAGAGGCGACCGGUGUAGAGGCAUCGGCGUCAACCACCUGAGGAUAAUUUUUUUGAAUAUUUUUGAUUUGUUCAACUCACCACACAAACACGCACACAGACACAAGGAGUACGCCCACCCAUGCACACGCAUAUUGUUGGGUGACCGAUGAGUGGUGGAAGGAAAGGGCUGAUCCCUGACUCCAAUUGUAAAUCCGCUCAAGGGUGGUGGAAUCUAUUUCAAUUUCAAUGUUUCCGAACUUCGAAUCCAAUUUCAAAAAUAUUUAAUCAGCAAGCGUAAUCAAGCUUAAUAAUAUCAUUUUGAAAACACUUGCAAAACCAUUUAAAUUUGCAUAUUCAAAAUGUUUUUUUGUAUUGAAAGUAUAUUUAAAAUAUCUCAAGUUCAAACUUUGAUUUUUGUAAGAAAGAUUACGCUCUUCGUUAUUUUUUGACAUCUAGCCCCAUUAUUUUACCACUAAGUAUGAUCGGAUUUUUUAACAAUGUCAGAGGAGCCAAUUUUCAUCACCCACUCAUGAGGUGCCCAACAUAUGAAUAUGUCAACUUUUAGUCCCACCGAAACCAACGUCUUAGACCCGGCUGUGAUAAUUAGCGCAAUUCGUUUUUCGUCUUCUGCACUCGAGCGCCUUUCUAGCUAUCUUAAUUUAUGUACUUACGUUUAGCACAAUUUACGUUUAUUUUUUCUGAAACUUUAGCAACCUCCGAGGCUCUCAAACUGCAAGUUACAAACACAAUCCUUUCGCUUUCACGCUCUCUCACAAGCACACGUCCACACAUUCUAGUAAUCUAAGCCAAGUUUUUAUAAAUAUUGUAAUUAUACACCUGAACACGCACACACACUUGCACACAAAAAGACAGGGUGAAGACCUACC